CGCCUCGGCGCCGCCGACAAGCUGCGGACCGUCCUUCUAGGGAUUAUUUUGCUACCACUCCGUGCCACAUGCAUUUUGUUCAUAUUAUUGCUAGCUUGGGUAUUUGCAUCCAUUGCAACUUUUCGUCACCCUAGAAAAGGAUCUGUACCCCUUAAAGGAUGGAGAAGGAGGAUGAUCCAGAGAGCCCUUUCAUGCCUAACUCGCACCAUAUUCUUCGUGAUGGGUUUCCGAGUGAAGGUGAAAGGGAAAAUAGCCAGUCCGCUGGAAGCCCCCAUCUUCGUCGCAGCUCCUCAUUCCAGCUUUUUCGAUGCCAUCGUUUCUGCCCUAACAGGGAUGCCAUCGAUGGUAUCCAGGGCGGAAAACCUGUCAGCUCCACUAUUUGGCACAAUCCUGAGUUCCCUUCAGCCUGUCUCCGUGUCACGCCAAGACCCCGACUCACGGAAGAACACGGUCACAGAGAUAACGAGCCGGGCCAUGUCAGGGGGCCAGUGGCCACAGAUCCUCAUUUUCCCAGAAGGCACCUGCACAAACCGAUCUUGCCUGAUCACCUUCAAACAAGGUGCCUUCAUUCCACGCGUUCCCGUGCAACCCGUGCUGCUCCGAUACCCCAACAAGCUGGACACAGUGACCUGGACGUGGCAGGGCUAUUCAUUCAAAGAACUGUGCGUCAUGACGCUGUGCCAGCCCUUCACAAGAGUAGAAGUUGAGUUUCUGCCUGUCCACGUUCCCACCGAAGAAGAAAAAAACGAUCCCAUUCUUUUUGCCAACAGAGUCCGAGAAACCAUGGCCACUGCUUUGAAUGUGCCAGUGACAGAUCACACUUUUGAAGACUGCAGGCUGAUGAUCUCGGCAGGCCAACUGACGUUGCCUAUGGAGGCUGGUCUGGUGGAGUUCACCAAAAUCAGCAAGAAACUCAACCUAAAAUGGAAUCAUGUCAGGGAGCAGCUGGAUACCUUUGCUGCCAUUGCAAGUGCCUCCAAAGGGGGAAGAAUUGGAAUUGAGGAGUUUGCAGAGUACUUGAAGCUGCCCGUUUCUGAUGUCCUCAAAGAGCUGUUUCUGCUCUUCGACAGGAACGGAGAUGGCACCAUCGACUUCCGGGAGUACGUGAUCGGUCUGUCUAUCCUUUGUAACCCCGCCAACACAGAGGAGACUAUUCAGAUGGCAUUUAAGCUCUUUGACAUGGACGAUGAUGGCACCAUAACAGAAGAGGAGUUUGCUUGCAUCAUUCAGUCAGCUCUAGGGGUGCCAGAGCUCGAUGUUUCUAAACUCUUCAAAGAAAUAGAUGCAGAUGAAACUGGGAAGCUCUCCUACGAUGAGUUUAAGGACUUUGCGCUCAAGCAUCCAGAGUAUGCGAAGCUGUUCACUACAUACCUAGAGCUACAGAGAUACCAGCUAAGUAUGUCAGAGGAGGAUGACUUUCAGUCACCAGAAGCCGAAGACACUCCUGUUCCCAGGCCCAGCUCAGAAACAGCACCAAUGGCCAGAAAUAAAGUCCACCCUGAAGGCAAUGAAGACGACAACUCCAGUACCUCGGACAAAAAGGAUGACUGAGAACGGUCAAAUAAUUCAGUUCUUGAGCUCUACAGGAAUGUCUUGGCCCAGCUAUUCAUAAGCACAAU